AUGGAGGUGGAUGGGGCUGAGAGCGACAGCUCCAGGAUACGGCUGCGGAGGGGUCCUAACAGCAGAGACUCCUCCGCAGACCGGAAGAGAAAGAGGGCGGGAUACCCGCCGCGACCCAAACAGAGUGUCGCCACCAGGGAGGGUGACAAGGACAGGAAGAACUCCCGAGGCGCGGCGGGCGGGAAUAAACUCGCCUUCUCCAAGGCUCCUCGCGCCGCCGCGAUUACGGUGAGCUGCCCCGCGGGCAACUACGCCGACGUGAUGCGGCGGGCGAGGAGUCAAAAAGACUUGGAAGAACUAGGGAUCGGGGAUCUCAGGACCAGAAGGGCUGUCAUUGGCGCGCUGGUCCUCGAGGUCCCCGAUCCAGAAGGACAUGCCAAAGCGGACGCCCUGGCCAACAGAAUGUCAGUCCUCUUCGCCGACAAAAGGGACGUGCGAAUAGCGCGUCCCACGAAGAGGGCCGACAUCCGGGUCCGCGACCUGGACGACGCAGUCGCCGCGGAGGACGUAAUUUCCGCGGUGGCGAUCGCCGGGGGCUGCGGGCCCGGAGAUUAA